UUCAUCUUUUAUUCUUCACAAUUCUUCAAAUUCUUGCUUCAAUCAUGGCCGGAGGAAAGAAGACAAAAGCUUCGAAGAAGAAGGCCACCGCCGAGGCUACGAGCUCUGCGCCUCAACCCUUUCCAUACCUGGACGGAUCCUUCUUGGAGUUCGGGUCAGAGGAGGAACUCAACCGGUUCCUCACGCACUUUGCCAAGCGUCCCAUUUCUCCGCCUAGGGUGCUGCCCGAGUUGUACCCUCAACAAAAGGGGUACCACGACCUCGACAACCAGCUUCAAGCAUCGGGUCUGUGGUCGUUCGUCUCCAGGAUCCGCUCGAGCUUCAAUCCUGCCUUUGUGCGAGCCUUCUACUCCAAUCUCCGCCGGGACGGGGACACCAUUCGCAGUAGCAUCAAUCUCUACGACAUAGAGAUUGAUCUGGCUACCUUCGCUCGGGUCGCAGGGUUGCCCACCCGCGGUGACGACAUAACAACAUUCGGCGGCGAUGAUUGGAUCCUCAACAAUGAGGCGGUGGUCAUCCGAGAGCUUGGGAUCACCAACCUCAUCCGUCACAGCGGCGCACCAACAAUCCACUCAGCCCCGCCGGAGAAGCGUCUUCUUCUCUACAUCCUCACCCGGAUCCUUCGCCCUCGGGACGGUAGCCACACAUGUCUCUUCAACGAGGAUCUCAAGGCGGUUCGUGCUAUCACCCACGGCACCUCGAUCAAUUGGGCAAAAUACGUCAUGAUUCACAUGGCGGAUUGCGCCUCCAUCGCCACAGAGCGGAGCUUGCCAUACGCCUUCCUCGUCAUGGACCUCAUCAUCUCCGCCGACAUCUCCAUCGCCGGCCCGGAUACGAAGAUGACAAAGAUUUGGAUCAUCCAAGACAGCACCUUCCGGAAGAAGUCCGGUGACGGAACCGGCGCUGGACCGAGUCGUGCCCGUGCCCCUGCCCCUGCCUCCGCUCCCGCCAAGGCGU